GAUGAAACAACCGAGCCACCAAUUGACCAAUCAACACCAUCACCAGUAGUCCUUCCCGUGAUUCUGCCUCCACCAGUUGAAGAUUUCCCGCCAGUUAUUCCUCCACCAGUUCAAGACCUCCCUUCCAUUUUACCUCCACCGGUUCAAGAGUUGCCGCCUAUUUUGCCUCCACCAGUUGAAGAUUUUCCGCCCAUUCUACCCCCACCGGUUCAAGAACUUCCGCCGGUUUUCACAACACCUCCGAUUGUACAAGAUCCACCGACAGUUCCAGUAUUCUCCACACCACCAGCCCUGGGAGAUCUCCCACCGCAAACUCCGGUCUUUACAACACCGCCAGAAGUAACGAAUCCAUGGCUACCGCCGGAGCAACCACCGGUUACGUCCAACCCAACAAUACCGGAAAAUCCAUAUCCAAACCCGGACAUGGGUUCAAAUCAACCGGUGGUUCAGCUUCCUGCACCCUCUUGGGAUUCCCCGCCAUUUAAUCGCUGAUUUUCCUGUAUUUUCAAAUUUCUCCUUUUUUAAAUGAUAAAUAUGUAACGUAACCUAAACGUAAUAAGCAAGCAAUGCCACCUC